AUGGAGAAGAUGAGAAAAGCACGCGCUGCUAUUCGCACAGCGUUUACACGUAAUCUGAGUUCAUUAUACAAGGAGUUGGAAAAAGAGAGACCAGAUUACGCAGAAUUACAAGUACGUCUCGCGAUUAUAAGAGAUAAGGCAAGUCAACUCGAAGAAAUGAACCAAAAACUCUUCGAGGUUAUGGUCGACGGCGAGAUGGACGAACAAGAGUUAGUACAAGAAACGGAUGUAGCGGAUGAAUAUCGGAUGAAAUACCAGCAGGCAAAGCUCGCAGUCAAUAAUAUAUUGGAAUCGACACAACCGGCAGUUCAUGCAUCGGAUGGCGAGCAAGUAACACAAGUUUAUAGAGAUAAUACGCGCACGUAUAAAUUGCCCAAAAUACAACUGCCGCAAUUUGGCGGAGAGCUUAAAGAUUGGUUACAGUUCUGGAGCCUUUUCAAGCACAUUCAUGAAGAUACAAACAUAACCAAGGAGGACAAAUUCCAGUAUUUGAUCCAAGCGAUGGUCAAGGACUCUCGAGCAAGUAUAUUAGUAAACAGUUUCCCUCCAACAGCUUCGAAUUAUGACAAGGUUAUUUCGAGUUUUAAAGCACGUUACGGAAGAGAAGAUUUACUGGUGGAAGUCUAUAUACGAGAGAUGCUCAAGUUAGUAUUGAAUCAGUCAGCUAAAUCAGAUUCUACCUCUUUAUCUAGUAUAUAUGACAAACUCGAAACACAACUUAGAGCUUUAGAAUCACUAGGAGUUACUACGGACAUGUGUGCUGCAAUAUUAUAUCCGCUAGUAGAAUCGUCACUGCCAGAGGAUCUCUUACGCGUAUGGCAACGUGAUGCAAGAGUACUCAACGCUACUACAUCUAAACAACGUUUGGAAGAAUUGAUGUCCUUUCUACAUAUAGAGAUGAUGAGCGAAGAUAGGAUUGCGAUGGCAAUGAGUGGCUUUGGUAUAAGCAAAGAAGCAUCAAAUCAGGACAAGCAUAAGAAAAAGAUAAAGACGGAGCCAAAAGAGAUCGCUACGGCUGCAGGAUUAAUCGCAGCUAAAGAAAACAAGACACUUCAUUGCAUAUUCUGUGAACAGGAACACGAUAGCACUUCAUGUAACAAGGCUAAGAAGAUGGCAUAUGAAGAUAGAUCCAAGAUCGUUAAAGAGAAAGGCGCUUGUUUUUAUUGCAUUAAAAUAGGGCACAGUUUUAAAUAUUGCCGAUAUAAAGGAAAAUGCGAAUGGUGCGGCAAAAAUCAUGUUCUAAUUAUGUGUCGCAGUACAACUCCGAAUGUUCCUAUUGAAAACAAGCAAACAAAAGAAUCUGCCAGUACACAAGAACAAUCAACGCUCGCUAACAUUUCUUUUACAAGUGAAGUAUUUCUGCAGACGCUUCGAGUCAAACUAGUAUAUCAAGGCAAAGAACAGGUAGUUAGAGCUAUUAUUGACAACGGAUCACACAGGUCAUAUAUUACAGACUCUCAUGCCGAGAAGAUGGAUUUCGAAGUCGUGGGCGAGCAACUUAUUGUACACAUGUUAUUUGGAGGUGCAAAAUCAAGUCCGGCGACACACAAAGGAUAUCGCGUUUAUGUUAAAAGCUUGGAUGAAUCAUACUCUUGUAACUUUAUAGCCUUACAUCAGAAAUCAAUAUGUGAAAAAGUACCUUCAGUUAGUAAAGGACCAUGGUUACAAGAGCUACAACAAGAAAGAAUCAAGAUUACCGAUAUUAAUACAAGAAACGAGCCGAUCGGCAUACUGAUAGGCGCAGAUAUCGCCAGAGAACUUUUAACAGGAAAAAGAAAAGCGCUUAAGAGUGGAGUCAUAGCUUUCGAAACAUUACUCGGAUGGACGCUAAUGGGUAAAGUAGAUACAGGAAUGGAUCUUAAGGAAGACACGACACUUACAAUUGUAUCUAUGUUCACCGAGGUGGAAAAUGUUGCUGAUCUAUGGAAAUUGGAUACACUGGGUAUUACGGAUCCAAUUGUGAAAAAAUCGGAAGACGCCCGUCAAAGAGAUGUUAAAGAGAACUUCUGGCAAACCAUCAAAGUAAAUGAAGAAGGCCGUUAUGAAGUAUUGCUUCCUUGGAAAGAAAAUCAUCUGCCCUUGACGGAUAACAAGAAGUCAACAAUGAGACGACUUGCAACUAUUACCAAGAAACUUAAAACACAAGGCUUGUAUGACGCAUAUCAAAAAAUUUUUGAUGAUUGGCUUGAGGAAGGCAUUAUAGAAAAGGUACCGUAUAAAGAAAUAGAAAAAGAAUCCUAUUACCUACCUCAUAGAGGCGUCACUAAAGAAAAUAGCACCACAAAAUUAAGACCCGUGUUUGAUGCAUCAGCUAUAGGAGAAAAUACACUAUCACUUAAUCACUGUUUAGAGAGAGGCCCCAAUCUGAUUGAAUUAAUUCCGAGAAUUUUGUUGCGCUUCAGACGACGUGGAGUGGGACUAACGUCAGAUAUACGAAGAGUCUUCCUGCAGAUAAGCAUUACGCCAAGUGAUAGAGAUGUACUACGCUUUUUAUGGUGGAGUAAAAUUCUUCCGCAAGAGAUAGAGGUAUAUAGACAUCGGCGAGUAAUUUUCGGAGCCUCUUGCAGUCCUUUUCUUCUCGGAGGAACCAUCGAAUAUUAUCUAGAAAAGAUAUUACAGAAAACGGAAGAUAAAAAGGAAAAGAAUUUCAUUUGUCAAUUGAAGAGAUCAUUCUAUGUGGACAACUGUGUGACCAGUGUUAAUUCAAGAAAUGAAGCUAUAGAAUUCGAGAUCACCGCAAGACGUAUCAUGGCAGAAGGCAAAUUUGAUUUACGAGGAUGGGAAUAUACGGGACAAGAGGAAAACCCCGAGUGGACUUCAGUGCUUGGCUUACUGUGGAACAAAAAACGAGAUACGCUGAAGUUGACACCUACAACGUUGGAGUCGCAAACAACGCAUCAAGUCACGAAGAGACAUAUUUUAGCAGCGGCUCAAAGAGUUUACGAUCCCAUAGGCGUUUCUGCCCCUAUAUCAUUAGAACCUAAACUUUUGUUGCAGAAACUCUGGUCAUGUAAAAUCGGCUGGGACGACGAAGUUCCAGAAGAGGUGAAGACUGACUUCAAUAAUUGGUUACAACAACUCCAUUGGUUAAAAGAGUUCUGUAUACCAAGAUGGGCAUUUGGUCCAGAGGGAGGCCAGAUAUCUUUCCACAUAUUUACAGACGCUAGUCAAGAAGCUUAUGCAGCUGCUGUCUUUGCACGAACGCAGACACUAGACAACGUGUAUGUGCAGCUCAUACAAGCAAAAUCCCGAGUGACACCUACCGUAAAGAUAACCAUCCUACGUUUGGAACUACUUGCUGCUACCAUAGGACCACCGUCUCUGGAACUCGAUAAAGGAUACAGAAGAUUACGGAGACGCAGAAGUUUUCUUUUGGUCGGAUUCCACAACUGUUUUGGCAUGGAUACAGAAGAACAAACAGUGGAACACGUUUGUGGAAAAUAG